AUGGACUUGGAGAGCAAAACCUUCAAAGCCAAUGCACUCACGUCUUGUUGUUGCCCCAAACCAGGAUUUCCCAUUUCGAAGUCUGAUCUGGAUGAGGACAAGGCCGUGAGGAAGAGGAAGAUGGCCCGGGAGCCCCAGGCAGACAAGGAGCUGAGGACGGAGACUGAGGAGGAGAAAUCCCCGCAGCUGAACCUCGUGGAAGAGGACGUUUGCGGCGGCUCCACGGCGCAGGAAUCCAACGGGGAGGAAAAUCCCCAGAGAUCCUGCACCAGGAGGGGCUGCAAACGCAGAUCCCGGGGAUCCCAGGAGAAAAGACCCAGCCUGGGCCGGGAAGGCAGCCAGAGGUCUGGCCAGAGCUCUGAGCUGGGGGUCCAUGAGCAGCUUCACGACGGCAAGAAGCCCCUCCAGUGCUUGGAAUGCGGGAAGAGUUUCCGCACGAGCACCAACCUGAACCGCCACCAGAUGAUCCACACGGGGGAACGGCCCUACAAGUGUGGGGAAUGUGGGAAGGGCUUCAGAGACAGCUCUGAUCUGAUCCGCCACCAGACGGUGCACACUGGGGAACGGCCCUACGAGUGCGGGCAGUGUGGGAAGGGAUUCAGUGUCAGCUCCCACCUGAUCGUCCACCAGAGGAUCCACACCGGGGAACGGCCCUACGAGUGUGGGCAGUGUGGGAAGAACUUCAGCCUGAGCUGCAGUUUGAUCCGCCACCGGAUGAUCCACACGGGGGAACGGCCUUAUGAGUGUGGGGAGUGUGGGAAGGGCUUCAGGAAGAGCUGCCACCUCACGCGGCACCAGAUGAUCCACACUGGGGUACGACCCUACGUGUGUGGGGAAUGUGGGAAGGGCUUCUGUGACAGCUCUGGCCUGAUCAUGCACCAGGCGAUGCAUGCUGGGGAAUGCCCCUACAACUGCUCAGAAUGUGGGAAGAGCUUCAGCCUGAGCUCCAGCCUGGUUGCCCACCGGAGGAUCCACACUGGGGAGAGGCCCUAUGAGUGUGCUGAGUGUGGGGAGAGGUUUCAGAGCAGAUACAGGCUGCUCAAGCAUCAGGAGAUUCACACACAAGAGACGCCCUUCCGCUGCCCCAGCUGUGGCAAGGGCUUUAAGAAAAACUCCACCCUCGUCACCCACCAGCAGAUCCACACCAGGGAGAGACCCUAA